AUGCAGGGAGCACAGAAGCUGACGGCUGAGAUUAAAUACGAUACGGACCUGUAUGAGACGGGCGACAAGCUCAGCGACUACGACCAGACAAUGGAAAUAAACAGCACUGGCGACGCGGUGCAGGUGAAGCCAGGGCGGUUCGGAUACACAGCACCGCAGGCAUUCAUUGACGAGCUGCGGGGCGCCGAGCCGGCCGAGAGCGCAGACCCAUUCAAGGAGCUGCAGCGUUCGCGCGGCAUCAGCCGGAUCAUUGCCGACAACGAGAGCGAGUACGAGAAGCGGCGGCACGGGCGGAGCGUGGGUGGCGCGGAAACGGAGUCGUAUGCGGAGACACUGAAAAGAGCACAGCUGGAGAACGAAAAGGCAGAGCUAAUAAGCAAGAUCCAGAAGGCGGAGCAGGAGGCAGGCGAGAAGUCACAGCGCAAGCGCAGGUGGGACCAGACGCCAGCGCAUGUGGAGGCGACGCCGGGCGGGAGCACAAAGCGGCGCAACCGGUGGGACGAGACGCCCAAGGUUGCUGGAGGGUUUGAUGAGACGCCCAGGGUUUCUGGAGGGUUCGGUGAGACGCCGCGGCGGUCGCGGUGGGACGAGACGCCCAAAGUAAGCGGGUUCGGCGAGACGCCCAAGGUUUCUGGAGGGUUCGGCGAGACGCCGCGGCGGUCGCGGUGGGACGAGACCCCGGCGGCCACGCAGAUAGGCGAGUCAAAGGCAGGCGGGGCGGCGGCGGCGGCGCUGGUGGAGGACCCGCGCAACGCAUAUAUGAGUGACGACGAACUUGACGCGCUGCUGCCGAGCGAGGGAUAUACGAUCAUGGAGGCGCCGUCGUCGUAUGUGCCGAUCCGCACGCCAGCACGCAAGCUGAUGGCAACGCCGGGGCCCAUGCAGGGGACGGGCGGGUUCCAUAUCCCCGAGGCCGGCAGCAGCGUGCAGGUGGAGGCGGAGCUGACGCGGGAGGUGCCGGGGAUCGGGGCGCUGCCGUUCUUCAAGCAGGACGACAUGCAGCACUUUGGCAAGCUGCUGGACGGGCAGAGCGAGGAGGAGAUGGACGCGGAGGAGAAGAAGGAGCGGGAGAUCCUGCGGCUGCUGCUGAAGAUCAAGAACGGGACGCCGGCGAUGCGCAAGGUGGCGAUGCGGCAGAUGGCGGAGCGGGCGCGCGGGUACGGGGCGGCGGCGAUAUUCAACCAGAUCCUGCCGCUGUUCCUGGCGGCGUCGCUGGAGGAGCAGGAGCGGCACCUGCUGGUGAAGGUGGUUGACCGGGUGAUGAUGCGGCUGGGGCCGCUGGUGCGGCCGUUUGUGCGGCGGCUGCUGACGGUGAUCGAGCCGAUGCUGGUGUCGGCCGACAGCUACGCGCGGGCUGAGGGCAGCGAGAUCAUCAGCAACCUGAGCAAGGCUGCGGGGCUGGCGGCGAUGGUUGCGACGAUGCGGCCGGACAUCGACCACGCAGACGAGUAUGUGCGGAACGCAACAUCGCGGGCAUUCGCAGUGGUUGCGUCGGCGCUGGGGAUACCGGCGGUGCUGCCGUUUGUGCGGGCGGUGUGCGGCAGCAAGAAGUCGUGGCAGGCGCGGCACACGGGCAUGCGCAUAGUGCAGCAGACGGCUGAGGUGGUGGGGGCCGGGGUGCUGCCGCACCUGCGGGGGCUGGUGGGGUGCGUGGCGGCUGGGCUGGGCGACGAGCAGCAGCGCGUGCGGUCGGCGUCGGCGCUGGCGCUGGCGGCGCUGGCGGAGGCAUCGGCGCCGUAUGGCAUCGAGGCCUUCGACGAGGUGGUGAAGCCGCUGUGGCAGGGCAUCCGGCAGCACCGCGGGCGCGGGCUGGCCGCGUUCCUCAAGGCGAUCGGGUUUGUGAUUCCGCUGAUGGACGCCGAGUACGCGGGGUACUACACGCGCGAGGUGCUGCCGGUGCUGGUGCGCGAGUUCCAGGCGCCCGACGAUGCAAUGAAGACGGUGGUGCUGCGUGUGGUGCGGCAGUGCGUGGGUGCGGGCGGCGUGGAUGCCGCGCUGGUGCGGGCUGAGGUGGUGCCGCCGUUCUUUGCCGCGUUCUGGGUGCGGCGCCUGGCGCUGGACCGGCGGAGCGCGCGGCACGUGAUCGAGACCACCGUGGAGCUGGCAGCCAAGGUGGGCGGGCGUGACGUGGUGGCGCGCCUGGUGGGCGACCUGAAGGACGAGGCCGAGGCGCUGCGGCGGAUGGCGAUGCAGGCGGUGACGCAGAUAGCGGCCGCCCACGGCGUGCUGGACGUGGACGGGCGGCUGGAGGAGCAGCUGGUGGACGGGGUGCUGUAUGCGUUCCAGGAGCAGGGCGAGGCGGACCACGUGAUGCUGGACGGGUUCGGGGCUGUGGUUGGCGGGCUGGGCGAGCGGGCGAAGCCGUACCUGCAGCAGAUCACAUCGGCGCUGCUGUGGCGCCUGAAUAACCAGAGCCCGGCCACGCGGCAGCAGGCAGCUGACGCCGUGGCCCGCAUAGCAGCGGUGAUGCGUGUGUGUGGCGAGGACGAGCUGCUGGGGCGCAUCGGCACAAUGCUGUACGAGUACCUGGGCGAGGAGUACCCGGAGGUCCUGGGGUCGAUUCUGGGGGCGCUGCGGGCUGUGGUGGAUGUGAUCGGAGUGACCGACAUGCGGCCGCCCAUCGGCGACCUGCUGCCGCGCCUGACGCCGAUCCUGAAGAACCGCCACGAGAAGGUCCAGGAGAACUGCAUCGACCUUGUGGGCCGCAUCGCCGACCGCGGGGCUGAGUUUGUGCCGGCGCGCGAGUGGAUGCGCAGCUGCUUCAGUCUGCUGGACCUGCUGCAUGCACACAAGAAGGCGAUCCGCCGCGCCGCAGUCAGCACAUUCGGAUACAUAGCCAAGGCGAUCGGGCCGCAGGAUGUGCUGGCCACGCUGCUGAACAACCUGAAGGUGCAGGACCGCCAGAACCGCGUCUGCACCACUGUGGCCAUUGCCAUUGUGGCCGAGACCUGUGCUCCGUUCACCGUGCUGCCGGUGCUGCUGAACGAGUACCGCGUGCCGGAGCUCAACGUGCAGAACGGAGUCCUCAAGUCGGUGGCCUUUCUGUUCGAGUACAUUGGCUCCAUGGGCCGCGACUACGUCAAUGCCGUGGCCCCGCUGCUGGAGGAUGCGCUGGUCGACCGCGACCUGGUCCACCGCCAGCAGGCCGCCGCCGCCAUCUCCCACAUGGCGCUGGGCGUGGCCGGCACUGCCAACGAGGAGCCCGUGCUGCAUCUGCUCAAUCUGCUGUGGCCCAAUGUCUUUGAGACCAGCCCGCACUCGAUCCUGGCCGUGCUGCAGGGCAUCGAGUCGUCGCGCCUGUGCCUGGGCGCUGGCCGCAUCAUGAUGUAUACGCUGCAGGGCCUGUUCCACCCUGCCCGCAAGGUCCGCGAGGUCUACUGGCGCAUCUACAACAUGAUGUACAUUGGCGCCCAGCCGGCCAUGGUGGCCUUCUACCCGGCCAUCGACGAGCCAGCCAGCAGCUAUGCACGGAGCGAGCUUGACUAUAUUCUCUGA